AAAUUCCAUUUUCCGAUGGCGUACACCGGAACAAUGUUGGCGUGGUCCAUUUUGGAAUACGGCGGUGUUAUGGGCCGUGAUCUUCCACUAGCCAUGGAGGCCCUCCGGUGGGCGACGGAUUUCUUUAUAAAAUGCACAGCAAAGCCCGGCGUUGUUUAUGCGCAGGUCGGCGAUCCCAAAGCCGACCACAAUUGUUGGGAAAGGCCCGAAGACAUGGACACUCCUCGGACCGUCUACGCGGUCACGAAAACAAAGCCCGGCUCGGAAGUUUCCGGUGAAAUGGCGGCCGCCAUGGCCGCCGCCAGUAUAGUGUUCGAGAACGCCGGAGAUCGCUCAUACUCUAGCCUCCUCCGUGAUAGGGCCGAGAAGGUAUUCAGAUUUGCAGACGCACACAGAGGUUCUUACAACGAUAGCAUCGGCUAUGGCGUCUGCCCUUUUUACUGCGAUUAUAACAGCUAUCAGGACGAACUGGUGUGGGCAGCAACUUGGCUAAAUAAAGCGACGAAGAAUUCAAUGUACUGGAAUUACAUUGUUAAGAACUUUGGGGACUUUAAGCCAAAUUAUGAACGCCUCCUUCUUCAAUUCGGUUGGGAUGCAAAACAUGGUGGAAUCGACAUUAUUCUUUCCCAGUACAUGAUGGAAAAUCAUUUGGUAAACUCGUCGGCGCCUAAUUUCGUGGGUUAUGCUGACGCCUUUAUUUGUAACAUUAUGCCUCAAUCUCCCUUCAGAUAUGCUCAUAUUUCUCCUGGCGGCCUUCUAGUUUCGUUGCAAGUUACAGCGGCUCAUUCAUUUGUUUUGGUAACAUACGCUCUGUACGUGAAAAAGACAAAUCACGUUAUUCGUUGCGGCAAUGUUGUCAUCCCUCCGGAUAGUUUAAUACAAUUCGCAAACACUCAGGUCGAUUACAUUUUGGGAAAUAAUCCGCUAAAGAUAUCAUAUAUGGUGGGAUACGGCAAAAACUAUCCACAACACAUACAUCAUCGGGGCUCUUCUCUACCUUCUAUCCGUUCGCAUCCAAAGCCCAUUAGAUGUAAGGAUGGAACGCCCUUUUACCAGAGUCCUAAACCUAACCCUAACCGGCUGACCGGAGCCGUGGUCGGAGGGCCCGAUGAAAAUGACAAAUUUGAAGACAGUCGACAAGAUCCCGGGAAAUUGGAGCCGACGACCUAUAUUAACGCGCCACUUGUCGGCCUCCUAGCUUUCUUCAAGGGACUUAAUCGCCAGUGA